UCUAUUUUCCCCGUGUCCAUGUUGGCAACGAAGUAAGAAAAGAAAAUAAUUCCCUUUCUUCUAUGAUAAAACCGCUCCUCAUAGUGUGCCUGGCUUCGGACGCGACGACGGAUUGAUUGUUUAACCUGGCAACCUAUUCUACCCGCCGCCACUCUCAACACCAGCACCAUGAGUGCCAUCCUCUCCGCAGACGACUUGAACGACUUCAUCAGUCCCGGCGUCGCCUGCAUCAAACCCGUGGAAACCCUUCCGAGCACCCCGCCUCCCGACACCUCCCUCGAGACUGAAGUAAUCCUCGACGGUCAACCGGGCGCCGCCUCGUCUGCCACCAACGGAAACGCCCCAGCUCAGAUCUCCCUGACGGACUGCCUGGCUUGUUCUGGCUGCGUCACCUCGGCCGAGGCAGUCCUCGUCGGCCUGCAAAGCCACAGCGAGGUCCUUAAUACACUUGAUUUUGGCCCAUCACUUCGCAUUGUCGGGCCAGACGACAAGGGACAGUUCAGGGUCGACGGACUCGAAGACGAGUCGCGAAAGCUUUUCGUGGCUAGCGUUUCGCCACAGGUCAGGGCAAAUCUUGCUGCCGCGGCGGGCCGAGGUACAACCGAGAAAGAGGCGGGUUACAUGUUGCAGAGGCUGUUGAGCGGCCCCGAAGGCCUUGCAGCAGGCGGCAAGUGGAAUAAUGGCUUCACGUGGGUCCUUGAUACCAAUGUCUCUCGGGAAGCGUGUCUCGUCCUGGGCGCCGACGAAGUUCUGGGAACCGAUGAGGCUCCCCCAUCCUCCGAUCCGAAACCGACCCUUACGUCCAGCUGUCCCGGAUGGGUGUGCUAUGCCGAGAAGACCCAUCCUCACGUUCUCCCCCAUAUCUCCAAAGUCAAGUCCCCACAGGCCCUCAUAGGAACGCUCCUGAAGACCACUUUGAGUCGGAACCUCGGGAUUCCACCCAGUCGGAUCUGGCACUUGGCCAUAAUGCCAUGUUUCGACAAAAAAUUGGAGGCGAGCCGUGAGGAACUGAUGGAUACUGCCUGGACGGGGGAUAAGUCAACCGGCCGAGGUAUUCGAGACGUGGAUUGCGUCAUUACCAGCAAGGAAAUAUUGAUGCUGGCUGAAUCGAGAGGCUUGAAUUUCUUUGACCUGGCCCGAACGAAACCUAUGGUUUCUCGCACGCCGUACCCAGACGUUCAGCUGGAUCGGUUCCUAUUCCCUCCGCGGCCCGCUCACAGGUCAUCCCAAGACGCGGGUACGUCAGGCGGCAACUUGUAUUUCAUUCUUCAGAGCGUGGUAGCGAGGAACCCAGGCUCCAAGAUCAACAUCGCACGGGGGAGAAAUGCGGAUGUCACCGAAUAUACCGUCAUAUCUUCUGCCGGCGAACCGAUAUUUAAGGCAGCUCGGUUCUACGGCUUUCGAAAUAUUCAAAAUCUCGUGCGCAGGCUGAAGCCGCCCCGCCCGUCUCGCAUGCCCGGCGGGAAGCCCUUCGGAAGUGCAAGGAGACCCGCUGGAAAACCGUCUGGAUUGGAGUAUGCGUACGUGGAGGUCAUGGCCUGUCCUGGAGGCUGCACCAACGGUGGUGGGCAGAUCAAGGUCGAUGAUCCUAUCAACAUCGAACGAAACGGAUUGGCAGAAAAGCCCGGCCCGCUAGAGCAGAAACAGUGGCUAGCAGAAGUAGAUGAGGCGUAUUUCUCGGAGGAGGACUCUGAGGGCGACGCCAUUACCUCGGCAUGCGAGGCGUCGCGGCCAGAUGUGGUGGACGGAAUUUCGCCGUCAUACAUUCGGGGGACCUUGACGCAGUGGUCGCGCAUUACGGGCAUAGACCUGAAGAGGCUCACGCUCACAAGUUAUCGCGAAGUCAUCAGCGAUGUCGGGAAAGACAAGACGACCGACACGGAGAGGGUCGUCCAACUGGCUGGCAAGAUCGGAGGUGGUUGGUAGACUUGAGCAUUCAUUAGACGUAAAAAUAACCCUUCGUCAAAAGAGACGAUGUCAUCAAUCUCUGCUGGCUCCUCGUCUAGCGAAGCCAAACCCG